AUGGGAAACACGAUAGCAAUUGUCAGCGUCAUAGGCGAGACCUUUGGUAUUUCCUCCAAAGAUUCAGGACAUCUGUCGUGGCUUGUGGCCGGCUACAGUCUGACAAUCGGCACCUUUAUUCUCGUCGGAGGUCGCCUCGGCGAUGAGAUUGGCCACAAGCGACUGUUUGUCGCCGGCAUGUUUUGGUACGCGCUGUGGAGUCUGGUGGCUGGCCUUUCCGUUUAUGCAGCAAAUGACGCUGGGUACGUUCUUUUUGUCUGUUCCCGUGUCUUCCAAGGCAUGGGUCCUGCGUUGACGCUGCCCAAUGGUCUGGCCAUUCUGGGCCGCUCCUACUCGCCCGGCCCACACAAGAACAUGGCAUUUGCAUGGUUCGGGGCGUCCGCCCCCUUUGGUGCCGUUGCCGGGUUCGUGUUUGGCGGUCUUUUUGCUUCCGUGUCUUGGUGGCCAUGGACAUACUGGAGCCAAAGUAUUGCCCUCGUCGGCGUGGCUGGUUUCGCUGCAUGGGCCAUCCCACACGUUUCACUGGACGAGGCCCGGCAGGAAAGGCAGCCGUGGACAGUACGCAAAUUGGUGGCUACUUUUGACGUUCCUGGCAUGGUCACUGGCGUUGCGGCUCUCGUACUCGUCAACUUUGCCUGGAACCAGGCCGUCGUCGUUGGCUGGCAGCAGACAUACGUAUAUAUCUGUCUUAUUCUCGGCUUCCUGUCCGGUGCCGCAUUCUUUUAUAUUGAACUGUCCUCCUGGAACUCUGCGCCUAUCUUGCCCCUUUCGGCUUUCAACACAGAUAUUGCCUUUGUGUUUGCGUGCACCGCAACCGGUUGGGGGUCUUUUGGUGUUUGGCUGUUUUAUGUCAUCCAGGUCGCCAUCAAUAUCGGGGGCACCACGCCACUGCAGAUCGCCGCGUGGAUUAUUCCAAUCAUACCCGUAGGUCUCGCUUCGGCUCUCGCCGUAGGAAAGCUGCUCGGCCGCGUGCACGCGUCAAACAUUAUGCUCGUGGGCCAGACUGUCUACGUAAUUGGAACUGCCUUAGGCGCCGCCCGCCCACCGCACUCCAUCUACUGGACCUACUUUUUCUUCUCGGUUUUUGCCAUGACCAUCGGCCUCGAUACAUCGUUUCCUUCGGCCACGGUCAUCUUUUCUGAUACAGUUCCACGAGAGUACCAAGGUAUGGGUGCGAGCAUUAUUGUCACCGUUAUCAACUACAGUAUUUCGCUCUGUCUUGGAUUUGCCGGUACUAUCGAAUCGAACAUCAACAAUGGUGGUCUUACAGAUAAUGACAAACUCCACGGCUACCGUGGUGCUCUUUGGUUUGCUUUAUACAACCCGGUAAACCUCACCGACUCGUCACCAACCACGACCCUACCUUAG